ACACAUUUGUUCGUUUGCACCCUUUUGGUCGCUUUUUCAUAGACUUUAAAAGCAUGUGGUUGAGAGUCCUGUCCGCACACAUAUUCAAGCUUGAGUCCGCACUUCUACAAAGCACAUGCAAACCAGUCGUCGGGACGGCUGUUUCUGAGAACCUCAACAAGAAGUUUCUCAGAGAGUUUUCAACUAUGGUGAAGUCUGUCGCUUUGCUUGUCCUAUUCCACAUGGCCGUUACGGUGCCGGUGAAUACCCUAGCAGGGGAAGGGAGCGGCGUAAUUCCUUCUGAUCCGUGUGACCCCUCAGCAGACUCCUCUUCCGCCAGAAACUGCAAGACGCCUGCUAGAGAUCCGACAAAGCCUUGGCGUAUUUCUCCCAGCGAAGCUUCAUCGGAAGAACACCAGAAGGAUGAGGACGGGUCGCGAGACAAGCACGCACAUGACAAGGAAACGAGACACACGUCGUCGACAAAAUCUCAUGCCGGUGAUCUAUCUUACGCCUACGAUGCUUCGGCAAAGCCUCUCGGAGGACAGCACCCGGAUGGUUCAGGUCCAUAUCCACUUUACUACACCUCUUAUCAUUUGUUCGCACCGUCGCCAGCAGAAGCAAAGAAUCCUGGAAUGGAAUAUUUCGGCGAACCGCCGGACAGUACAGACCCAGCAUACUACGGGCUUUACCAAGACCUGGCCAGAGAUGUGUUUUCGAGGCAAUCUGCGCAGUCGCGCACGCCGGAUGAUACCCGGGCCGACACGCACGUGAAGCCAGGUGGCCGCCACAGACGCCUGAGGCAUUUGCAAGGGUUAGAAGAGGAUGACGAUCUGUAUUUCAUGUAGUUUCCCUGCGACGAGAGGCGUUCAGAGCGACUAAAGUGUGCGCCGCACAAAGCAUAAGAUCGUGUGACGGGUCGUGCCUUCUUGACACCAAGUGAGAUAUUUUUAAGGCAGCCCAACCGAACGACACUGGUGUGCCGAC